GUUCCGUGCUGGCCGCCGAUCGACGGACGACCAUGCGCUUCUGGCCCAAGCAAACGUACCGGCGCUACGAGAUGGCGCUGCUGUGCACGAUGGGCACGCUGCUCUGCUACGCCGACCGGACCAACAUUGGCAUUGCGAUCCCGUCCAUCGAGCCCGACCACGCCAAGCAGGGCCAGAUCUUAUCCUCCUUUUACUAUGGCUACAUCUGCACGCAGCUCCUUGGCGCCUACUGGGCCUCGAUCUAUGGUCCAAAGCGCGUGCUCGUCGCCGGCGUAGUCGUCUGGACGUGCUUUGACGUUCUCACGAUCACAACCGCGUCGUCGCCAACCUGGCUUCGCAUCAUGCGCAUUGGCAUGGGCCUCGGCGAGGGCAUCUUGUUCCCGACGCUGCACAUGCUCUCGGCGUCUUGGUACCCCGCGAGUGAGCGCAGUCGGCUCAUGUCGAUCGUCUCGAGCGGCGUCGACCUCGGGACCAUUGUCGCCAUGGCCAUCUCGCCGCUUCUUCUCGAGUCGCUCGGGUGGCGCUCGAUCUUUCUUCUCUUUGGCCUUCUUAGCACCACAUGGGUCCUUCUCUUCCUCUGGCGCGGCAGCAGCAAGCCCGAGACCGACGCGCGUAUCACCAACGCCGAGAAGGCAACGAUUUUAUCGCAGCGCGGGUCGCUCAUGGCGUCGUCGCCGCCGCCAUGGCGCCGCCUCGUUCUCAACAAGCACGCCUGGGGCAUCUACGCGUCGCAUUUCGCCUUCAACUAUGGCUGGUACGUGCUCCUUGGGUGGAUGCCGCAGUACUUCCGCGAAAAGCUGCACCUCUCACUGUCAUCAAGCGGGCUGGCGGCCGCGUGUCCGUACAUUGCGGGGUACGUCGGCGUCCUCUUCUGGGGCCUCGUCUCGGAUCGACUGCUGCAGCGGUACCGCGUCUUGCACGUGCGCCAGAUCAUGAAUGCCAUCGGUCUCCUUGGGGCAGCGCUCGCGCUGUAUCUCUUGCGCUACGCAGCGUCGGCGUCGGCGGCGAUUGGCAUGCUCUGCCUCACGCUCUUCUUCGCCCGCGCCGCGACGCUCGGGUAUUGGGUCAACAUGGUCGACAUUGGCCCGUCCUGCGCCGGCCACAUCAUGGGUGUGAGCAACACGAUCGCAACUAUACCUGGCAUCCUCGGAAACGUGCUCACGGGCUACCUCCUCGGGCACGACGCCAGCAACUGGGACCUGGUGUUUGGCAUUGCAAGCGCCCUCCUUGUCCUGGGCGCGCUCCUCUUCCAAGUGCUCUCGACGGAUAUGGUUGUCAUCGAGUCGACCGCGCCGCGCCGCGCGUACAAAAAGACCGACGCCGACGUCGACGACCUUCGGAUGCAAGCGCUCCUGUUGGACGUGAUGACGACGACCGACGACGACGACGAUGACGAGCGUGCAUCGACACGGCGCGAGGACGGCGAGUUUUUUAUUUAGACAUUUACGACUAACAUAUAUAUGCGACAUGCACAUAGUAUACAACAAUAAUGUGUUGUAUCGACUA